CUCUCUUUAACUCUAGUCACUAAUCAUUCUUGUUCUUUUUCUAAAUUUCUACAAAGCUUGUCCAUUUUAUGCCGCUUGCUCUUGAUUAAAGUUGAUGACAGGUUUAAAUUGAAAAAUUGCUAGCCGUUUAUUUUCCCCAGUUUCUAUAAGCUUAUAAAAUGUCUAAAGCUCAUCCACCAGAAUUAAGAAAAUUUAUGGAUAAGAGGCUAACCUUAAAAUUGAAUGGUGGUCGACAAGUUACUGGUAUUUUACGAGGAUUUGAUCCAUUUAUGAAUUUAGUAGUUGAUGAAUCUUUCGAAGAAUUUAAAGAUAAGAGUAAAGUUAGUAUUGGGAUGGUGGUUAUUCGUGGAAACAGCAUUAUAAUGUUGGAGGCAUUGGAUAGGAUCUAGUUUUCAGUUUAUAAUGUAUGAUAGAAUUAAUUUUUGGUGUUAAAUAAAUGUAAUGGAAUUAAGACUAAUAAAUACAGACAUUUUGUAAAAAA